UCUGUCUCUCUGGCGCGAAAAUUUCAUUCCCCAAAAUCCGUCCCCCAAAACCCCCCAAUUCCUUCCCGGAGAAGCUUCGUGGUCGUGGCGGUGACCGGCGAUGGUAUUCCUGCAGCGCAGCAACCCGCGUAAGCGCCCGCCGCCGGCGCCCACGCCGCCCCGGUCGAGCCCUCCGCAGUCAGCGGCAGCGUCCGCGACCACCCCUCCCGGCCCCGCCGCGGCAGACCUGUCCGCCGUCGACGCGGCGGCCGCGCUCCUCGCCGACGCGGGAUGCACGCUCCUCGUCCCGCCGCACCUCCCGCCUGCCCUCCCGGCGCCGCACACCUUCGCGCGCCGCCUCGCUCGCGCGCUCGCCGCCGACUCCGCCGCGGACCUCCCCACGCGCCUCCUCACCGGGCUCGCCGCCUUCGCCGACUCCCCCGCGCGGCUCCGCCAGCUCCUCCUGCCCACCUCUCCGAGCUCGCCGAGCCUCGCCCGAGCGCUCCUCUCCGUCCCCGCUCUCCAGCCGGGCCUCCUGGGGCUCCUCCUUGACAAGCUGCCCGAGCACUUCGACGACGACGCGCUCGAUGGGGUGCCGCUGCAGGACGAUGUGGGGAGGCUCAUCAUAUUGCAGUUCCGCUGGCUUGAUUUCCUUGUCGAUGCCGACGCCUUCGUCACCAAGCUCGUGGACGUGCUCUCGGUGGCGCCGCCCCGGCUCAAGAAGGAGAUCAUCGGGUCCAUCCCGGAGAUUGUGGGCGACCAGAGCCAUGAUGUUGUGGUCUCCGCGCUGGAGAUGUUGCUGCAGGAGGACUCCCAGGUUGUGGUUGCUGUGCUUGACACUUUGUCGAACCUUAACCUCAAUGCGCAGUUGCAGGAUCAGGCGGUCACUGUUGCAAUAUCGUGCAUCCGAACGAUUCACGCGGAUCAGAUGCCACAUUUACUCAGGUUCUUGCUGCUGUCUGCCACACCAGCCAAUGCUGGCAGGAUUAUAUCACAGAUCCGCGAGCAGCUGAAGUUUGUUGGUGUCGUGGAUCCACGGGCUGCUCGGGGCAAGAAGCUGAAAGGGAAGGCAUCGGCAGUUAGCACUGAUGGAGCAAUACUUGAUGCCUUGAGGUCAGGUCUCCGGUUUAAGAAUAUGCUUUGCGAGGCCUUCUUGAAGGAGUUGAAAUCAGUCGACCAUCCAAGGGAUCACAAAGUGAUUGAUGUUUGGCUCAUCAUGCUCAUCUAUGCCAAUGGUGGUACUCUGCAGAAAAGUGCUGAGAAAAUACUGAAAUCCAAGAUCUUAGAAGGAUGUGUCCAAGAGACACUGUUUGGUCAAUGCAUUCGUGGAAACCCUGAAUUGGUGAAGGUCCAUUUCAUGUCAUAUCUCUCGGUGAGCGAUUACCUGUUAGCUUGCAAGGAAGAGAAGGCUAGAGAGUUUGCUACCUAUCUGUUUACGGCUUUGUUUGAAGAAUUCAGUGACACCUUUUCCAGGCAAGAGCUUGUUGGCUCAUUGAUAACUCAUAUAGGUUCUGGGGUCAGCUAUGAAGUUUCUUCUGCUCUAGAUAUUAUGAUUUCUCUGACAACCAACAACUCUGAUGAACUUAUCCCUGUAGCUUCACAUAUAACUGGUAUUUUAGAUUACCUGGAAAGCUUUCAUGAAGAUAAUCUUCGGAAGGUUUAUGAGAUCUUCUGUCAUUUGGCACUGGCUGCUGGCUUCAAUACUGGUUCAGGUGGCUCUUCUGUUGCUAAUGAACUUCUAAUGGUAGUAAGAAAGCAGGUUAGUAAUCCGGAUAUAAAGUAUAAGAGAAUGGGAAUAAUUGGGGCUUUAAGGAUAGUUUCAGCUAUUGCAGAUGCGAAUGCCGCUGUGAACUGUUCAUCAUCUCAGCAACCAAAUUGUGAGGAGGCCCUGGGACUGCUGCAAAUGGCUAUUAACUCUUCCAGAUGUCACACAUUGCCCUUAAUUCUUCUCUAUGAUGAAUUAGCUGCUUUAGUGGAGAGCAGAAUUCUUCAUUCUGCAAUUUUUGAUUGGGUUGGGGAACAUGUUGCAGAAUUUGACGCUCUUUUUCUUGCUGAUCUUGACGAUGGCCAGCUACCAGAAAAAUAUAUCUGUGAUGGAAUAGAAGGAGAACUGUGGAUGAACUUGGAUGGAAAUAUCUCCCCAGUAUGUCUAAAUAUUUUGCCUCUGGUCUCCAUCUCACCACAAAAGUCCCAAGCCUGCUUACAGAUCUUUCCUUCCCAAUUUUUACUUCUAACUGUUGCUGAACGUUCAGGAAGUGAAGGCUCACUUGGUGGAAUAAAUGCACUCCUUGGCUCUCCUUUGCAUCUUCCAUCUACCAAGAGCCUGGAUGGAUCUCGAUGGGGAAGCUUGUCAGCAUUGGAGAAAAAAACAGUGUGCCAUUCACUGUACUUUGCGAUAAACUGGAUAAGGGAGUUGCUCAAUGCUUUCAGCACACAAGUGGCAGCCAGAGUUGAUAAUGUGUCACAAAAAGUAAGGGAUGAGACAGCGGUUAAACUUCUGAAGCGUCUGAGAAAUCUAAUACUACUCGAGAGCUUGUUAAACACCCUUCUUAAAAUGUAUCCCCUAUCUCUACCUGAGCUGCGAUACCUAGGGGAUUAUUCUGUGUCAACUAUCACCAGCAAGUUAAACCAUGGGAAGAAAAUGAACGAAGAGAACAUGGAGGGCCCAUCUUCCAACAAAAGACAAAAGUGUCUCAAGGACAAAUCAGCUUCAGAUAAAUUGAGUUCUGAUGAUAAACUCAAGCAAACUACGAUACUGGAUGCUUUCAAAAGAGCAGGUGUAACAAUCACUCAAGAAACAAACAGAGUUUCACAACCAUUGCCAAGUGGAAUGAUGUCAAAGGAUGUUGAAAAUGAGGCUAAUGAUCUUAGUGAGCUUGGGGUCAUAGAUUUAAUGGCAGCACCAGUUCAGCUGGAUAUGCAAAGAUUCAAAUUCAGAACUCUGCAUUUAACUUGUUUGUCCUUAUUAAACUAUUCUGAGUUUCAAGAUUUAACUCUCCCAUAUGAUGAAUCUGAGCUGCCAUUAUAUCUCUAUCUUCUACGUGAUCUAAACAUCAAAUUAGACCGUCUAAAUCCAUCAAUCAAGCCAUUUUUUAGUAAUUCUCAAGCAAAAUCCACUUAUGCUCAUUGCCAAAAGAGCACAGAAGAACUUCUCAGCACAAUCCAGCCACUAUUCUCGAGUCUAAGGAAGUUUGUAGAUGGAGCCGUUUCAAUGAUCAAAGAAAGAUCAGAUUGCUGCCCAGACAAUUGGAGUUCUCAUUGGGAUUCAGCAGGAAACCCACACAUACCAAAUGUGAUGGUCUCCAAGUCUUCAAUAGCCACUUCAGUAUUUAAGGAGGCUCUUGGCUGCUACAGGAAGUUACUUGGUAUUCCAGAUCUAUUGAAUCAUGCAAAUAUGUCAGUUCUGAAGGAGCUACUGCAGACUUUCCAGCCAACCGAAAAUUUUGAUGAUGAUAUUUCUGAGUUCCGUCCACCUCUGGCCCCUAGUAAUGUUGAUUAUCUAUACUGUGGGGCAUAUAAAAUGUUUGAGGCUAUUAUGGAUCCAGUGUAUUCGUUCUCAUACAUUUUGGCUUCUGAUGUGCUAAUUACCAUGCAAUCAAUUUUAAGUUCCACUGUCAUGCUGCUGGAAAAAUCUGGGGAAUCAAAUGGGAAGAAUACACAUGUAGGAUGCUCCAAAGAUAUCAUUCCCUUUCUACAGAAGCGUCUUGGGCUAUCAGCUCAUAAGCUGUUAGCUUCUGACUUCCCUAGUGAAGAUGCUGAAAAUGGACGGCAGAACAAAGGUGAUCUUAUACCAAGGAUAUUACAAAUAUACCUCAGGAACAGUGAGUCGACUUCAGAUCUGCUUGAGAAACUGGCUUGCUCGGUGUUGCCUGAGGUUGCUUCGCUUAAAACUAAAAGUACCGCCCAAGAAAUGGCACGUGACUUUCCAACAUUGUGUUCCUCCACCUUCCACUCUUGGUAUCGUGUGUUGCAUGAGGAGAACACUGGGAAUUUUAACAAGAUGAUCAAGCAAGCCUUGAAGACUAGAUCACAAUCAGGAGUGGCGGUGGAAAAUGUUGUGGAUGAAAUUGUCAAAUCAGUAAAUGUCUUUGUUGGUCUAAUACAUGUAUGUAAGAAUCACGAAAAGGUUGCUAUACAUGCUAUUGCAGUUAAAUAUGGGGGCCGAUUCAUCGAUGCAUUUCUUAAAGUCUUCAACUUUCUAGAGACACAGUUUGGGCAACAUGGUGGACGUAUAAUUCAAAUGAUAAAAGCACUCCAGAAAGCGACAAGAACAAUCCAAACUAUAUGUGCAGAGGCAAAGGGUUACAAGCGAACAAUGAUCACGAGCAAGAUACCUGCUACAAAGAGGUCCCUGGAGCGGUUCGUGUUCCAAGUGAAGGCACUGCUGCACAACUGCUCCACGGAGGACACGUUUGUGAUAGGCAAUCUGAAGCACAAGGACUUGCAUGGGCAUGUGGUGAGCUCUCAGGUGUAUGGCGGAGUGGACGAUGAUGACCCGGAUGAUGCAGAGCAGGAAGAGAUGGAAACCGACCCCGAAACUCCGGCCAACGGAAAUGGCAACAUCGUGGACGACGAUAUGGCGGAAGGCGACGAAGAGGCAACGCCAUUGGAAUGACCGCAUCUAGUACCAGUCUCCUAGUAUAGCCCAAUCCUGACUCCUGAAAAUUUUACACUUACAACAUGUACAUAGUACAUUGCAGUUUUUUGCAGUGCACCGCCUUGUCCAGCUCCCAUAGCAGAGUGGAAUGACAAUCCAGAAAUGUAGAUCAUGUGUUGCAUAGAAAUGUGAAUUCUCAGUGAAGACCA